AGGCACGGGGCCAUGGCGUCGUCCGGGCAGGCGCGGCCGCUGCUGCUGCUCAUGCUGCUGGCGGGCGCGGCGCGGGCCGGCCUCUACUUCCGCCCAGGCCAGACCUGCUACCGACCCCUGCGGGGGGACCAGCUGUCGCAGCUGGGGCGCAGAACAUACCCCCGGCCUCAUGAGUACCUGUCCCCGUGGGAUCUGCCCAAGAGCUGGGACUGGCGCAACGUGAAUGGUGUCAACUAUGCUAGCAUCACCCGGAACCAGCACAUCCCCCAGUACUGCGGCUCCUGCUGGGCCCACAGCAGCACCAGUGCCAUGGCAGAUCGGAUCAACAUCAAGAGGAAGGGUGCAUGGCCCUCUGCCCUGCUGUCGGUGCAGAACGUUAUUGACUGUGCUGAGGCCGGCUCCUGCGAGGGGGGCGACGAUAUGAAGGUGUGGGAGUAUGCCCACCAGCACGGCAUUCCUGAUGAGACCUGCAACAACUACCAGGCCAAGGACCAGGAGUGUGACAAGUUUAACCAAUGUGGGACAUGUACUGAAUUCAAAGAGUGCCACGCCAUCCGGAACUACACCCUCUGGAGAGUGGGCGACUAUGGUUCCAUCUCUGGGAGGGAGAAGAUGAUGGCAGAAAUCUAUGCCAAUGGUCCCAUCAGCUGUGGUAUAAUGGCAACAGAAAGGAUGACUAACUACACCGGAGGGGUCUACGCCGAGUACCACAAAGAGGCCUUUAUCAACCACGUCGUUUCCGUGGCUGGGUGGGGCAUCAGCGAUGGGAUUGAGUACUGGAUCGUCCGGAACUCCUGGGGUGAACCCUGGGGCGAGAAGGGUUGGAUGAAGAUUGUGACCAGUACCUACAGGGAUGGGCAGGGCACCAGUUACAACCUUGCUAUCGAGAGGCACUGCACCUUUGGGGACCCCAUCGUUUAAGGCGACAAUUCUGAGAGAGCAGUUUUGGAGAGGUGGCACCACGGACCUUGACCAGAUGAGGAUCCUGUGGCCACAGGCACCAGGCUAGCUGGCAGGAACUGCGGUGAUUACCAAUAAUGGCUGGCUGGAAUGGCACUGAACACCCUGGAAGGGCCUGUCAACAUGGGACACCGUGGUACUGGCAUUCCCAAGGCAGACUUGAGAUGGGAUAACUUUAGUACUUGCAUAGUGACUGCCAUCAGCUACCUGGUAAAAGACCAAUCACAAGAAAGGACAUUCUGGGACCUCAGUUUCCUUCAGUAGAGGGCUGGUGUUUUCUAUGUGGCAACUGUGGCAGAUUAUAACUGUGGCAUUUAAGAGGCAUAAUAUUUCACACUUAUCACCAGUUCCUGUGUCACUCUGAGCCAAUGGAGGGGGGGAGGGGGAGAUGGCAACUUCAAACUGCUCAAGAGAGGAAUAAAAUACCUGACUCCACACAA